GCCCGGGCUCUGCCCACACCCACCAUGGCCGCCGUGCGGCCGCCGCCGCGCUGACCCCUGCCGGCCGCCGUAGGCCGCGCUUCCUCUGCAAGAUGGCGGCGCCCAGCGGGAGGAGCGGCGGGCGCGCCUGGGCCGCGCUGGUACCCGCGGCUCUGCUGUGCCUGGCGGCCCGCGCGGCCGCGGAACCGGGCACGGCCCCGGGCGCGGCCUCGAGCACCGCCGAGUUCGACGUGCGGCCCGGCGGGGAGGUUCACUCCUUCUCCCGGAGCCUGGGGGAUUACAGCUGCUCCUUCACCUACUCGGCCCAGGGCGGCACCAACGAGCAGUGGCAGAUGACGGUCGGAGCGAGCGAGGACAGCGGGCUCUUCUCCUGCUCCAUCUGGAGGCCCCAAGGGAAGUCUUAUCUCUUCUUUACCCAGUUUAAAGCUGAAGUGAAAGGAGCCAAGAUAGAGCAUGCCAUGGCUUAUCUGGUUGGUCGGUGUGAAUUCUGUGACCUGUUGGAUUGCCUCAGCCUCUCACCCCUCCUUCCUUCCUUCCUUCCUUCCUGUUUCAGUCUCAGGCUGCUGCGGGUGCCCUGAGCGACGUCCCCCUGAAGCAGGAGGAGUUUGGGAUCACUGAAACAGCAGUGUCUCACACGGAAGGCAAGUUCCGUUUCGAGCUGUCCAAGCUCAUGAUUGUAGCAAAAGCCCCCCGUGACGAGCUGUGAGCCCAGGCCAGCCCUGGGCAGGGGCCAUGGCCACACCAGCACGGCAGGGAAGGGAUUUCCUGCUCACCUGCAGGGCUUUUCUUUCGGUUGGCCAAACCUUUUCUGUUUUCCGUACUGAAAUGUGCUGGGGACCGACAGGAGUGGGGCUCGGAGGGCUGGGGACAGAUUUGUUCUGCCUUGUGUCACAGUAACACCCCGGGAGGCUCCUGAUCCUGCUGUGCUCCUUCCUGCCGGGCUGAGCUGCUGAGCAGGGCAGAGCUCCCUGGGAAGGGGCUCCUUAUCUGCCUGCCUGGGAAGAGCAGGGCAGGGAGAUAAGGGGCUGGACUCAAGCAGGGCUUGCUAAAGGGGAGCUGUUAACUCCGUGGGCUCUGGAGGGAAGAUGGCAUUUCUCUCUCCAGAGUGACAGGAGGAAAUAAUUAAUUUAGGGGGAGGGAGGGAGGGGAUUGGCCACAGCUCUGACUCCGUGGUGAGUGUGGGGCUGGGGUGGAUGCAGAGCUGGGCUGGGGGAGGGCAGAGCAGCUUAUUCUGACACCAUCAGGAACCAAUCCAGGCAGCACUUCCACGUGUCAGCACAACCACGGGACUAUUUUAUACCUACAGAAAAGUGAUGUUUUUCUUAUCCAGAGUAAUAACAGGGAAUGUGCAAUUCCUUUCCUGUAUAAAUACAGUAAAAAUAAAGACAUAAAGCAUCGUG